GGAAAUCGACCUCCAUUUCAGGACAUUGAUACGAGAACGAAAUCGCAUUCUUCUGAGUUACUGAUCUUUGUUCAAAUCUCGAUCAUCAAGAAAGAGAACUUCAAUUUCUAAAGGGGUUUCCAAUGGCGACAAUGGAGGUCGAGAACCAGCAAGCGACGUUAGCGUCGGUGGAUACUUGCUCGGCGAAGCAGGCCACGAAACAAGGUGAGGGUCUGAGGCAGUACUAUCUGCAGCAUAUUCACGAGCUCCAGCUCCAGGUCCGUCAAAAGACCCAUAAUUUGAAUCGUCUUGAAGCUCAGCGGAAUGAGCUGAAUUCGAAAGUGCGCAUGCUCCGGGAAGAGCUUCAGCUGCUUCAAGAGCCAGGAUCCUAUGUUGGUGAAGUUGUUAAGGUCAUGGGAAAGAACAAGGUUUUAGUCAAGGUUCAUCCAGAAGGGAAAUAUGUUGUUGAUAUUGACAAAAGUAUCGAUAUCACAAAAAUCACACCUUCAACUAGAGUUGCUCUCCGUAAUGACAGCUAUGUUCUUCAUUUAAUCUUGCCAAGCAAAGUAGAUCCCCUUGUUAAUCUUAUGAAAGUUGAAAAGGUUCCUGAUUCUACUUAUGAUAUGAUUGGUGGUCUUGACCAACAAAUAAAAGAAAUAAAAGAGGUUAUUGAACUCCCCAUUAAGCAUCCUGAACUAUUUGAGAGCCUUGGAAUAGCCCAACCAAAGGGGGUCUUGCUUUAUGGACCACCUGGUACAGGGAAGACACUGUUGGCUAGGGCAGUGGCUCACCAUACCGAUUGUACUUUCAUCAGGGUUUCUGGGUCUGAAUUGGUCCAGAAAUAUAUUGGAGAAGGCUCUAGAAUGGUCAGAGAGCUUUUUGUUAUGGCCAGGGAGCAUGCUCCUUCAAUCAUUUUCAUGGAUGAAAUUGAUAGCAUUGGGUCUGCUCGAAUGGAAUCUGGGAGUGGUAAUGGUGACAGUGAGGUGCAGCGGACUAUGUUGGAACUUCUUAACCAGCUUGAUGGAUUUGAAGCAUCAAAUAAGAUCAAGGUCUUGAUGGCCACAAAUAGGAUUGAUAUUCUGGAUCAAGCCCUCCUAAGGCCAGGACGAAUUGACAGGAAGAUUGAAUUCCCAAAUCCUAACGAGGAUUCCCGGUUUGAUAUCUUGAAAAUUCAUUCGCGGAAAAUGAAUUUGAUGCGCGGGAUUGAUUUGAAGAAAAUCGCAGAGAAGAUGAAUGGUGCAUCUGGUGCAGAGCUCAAGGCCGUGUGCACAGAAGCAGGGAUGUUUGCCUUGAGGGAAAGAAGGGUUCAUGUGACUCAGGAAGAUUUCGAGAUGGCGGUUGCCAAGGUAAUGAAGAAGGAAUCCGAGAAGAACAUGUCGUUGCGAAAGCUGUGGAAGUAGAAUCGCCGCACAAGUCGGCACAUGCGUGGCAAGUUUCAAAUAUUGCUUACCCUUUUAUUUUUCUGAAUUCUUCACCUCACCUGGGCUGCUUGGAGAAUGUUGAUGAACUUGGUUAUCUGCCUUAAAUGAUGUUUUCUUAGUCGUCGACUCUUUAUCCGUCUAUGGAUCUUGUAACUUAAAAAAAUCUUCCCCUGCAACAUUUCUUUUGCCAUCUCUGAAUGUGAUGACAAGUUGGCUGUAGGUGGUGAGGAAUUAUCAAUUGGCUUAUAAUUUGGAAGUUUGUUCUUCAUUUACUUGAUUUCA